AUGGAAACACAAAUAGAUAUCAAAAUUGAAAGAAAUCAAGAAGACCAAAACUUCAGCACAAUCACAAUCGAUGACAAAACUAACCCCAUAAUCACCGUCCAAACUACGUCGGUGGAUUCGGAAUGCCAAAGAGAGGAUGACGUUUUGGUAAUCAAGCAAUGGGUACGUAAAAUCAAGAACAAUGGUGAUGCAUGCAACAUUAUUGGACUCUCAGUAGAUUGCAGUCUACAUUACAAGAAUGGCACCAAUAAGUCCUUCGACUAUCCUAAAAAAGAGGAUCAUCCCAUCGAGAUACUGCAAUUAUGUAUUGGCAAUCAAUGUCUUAUAUAUGAAGCUGUAGAUAGCUACCAUAGUUUCUUGUCCAAAAAAGACGUGCCUAAGGCUUUGAAAGAUCUUUUGUCGGACGCUCGUUUUGUUGUUGUCGGAGUUGGCAUGGAAGAAGUUGCUAAGAAGCUCGAGAGUCAACUAGGGUUGAAGAUUUCGCAGCCGAGGGAAUUGAGGACAAUGGCCGGGUUUUCAGGCAAGAAGUGUAGUUUGGAGAAGCUGGCGAAGAGGGUUUUGGGUGGAGAUUGGAAGAAGCCUAGUUCUAUGAGUUGGUGGAAGGAUGGAAUAAUUGGUGGUUUAUCGGAUGAUAAGAUCAAAUAUGGAACAGUUGAAGCUUUUCUGGCUUAUGAGAUGGGCAAGAAGUUACUCAAAAAAUAG